AUGGGAGACAUACCAAACAGCUUUGCUGAUCUCAAUGUUGUUCAAUAUCUUUCCCUGUCUGAUAAUAGAUUGCAGGGACAUAUUCCUGAAUCAUUUGGUGACUUAUUAAGCUUGGAAUUUUUGGAUCUUUCCAAUAACAGUCUCAGUGGAGGAAUCCCAAAGUCGUUGGAGAAACUCCGGUAUCUCAAGUUUUUCAAUGUCUCUUUCAAUGGACUCCAGGGAGAGAUUCCUAAUGCAGGACCAUUUGCAAACUUGUCGGUUCAGUCAUUUAUGGGUAAUGAAGCAUUAUGUGGUGCAACCCGGCUGCAAGUCCCACCAUGCAAAGCUGGUGAUACUAAACGAUCAAGGAAAGCUAUAGUGACAAUACUAGUGUACGUUUUGCCAAUUACAGGAUCAACAUUGCUUGUUGCAACAGACGGUUUCGACAAAAGCAAUCUGAUUGGUAUUGGGAGUUAUGGUUCAGUAUACAGAGGAAUACUGGCAGAUGGUAUAAAGGUAGCAGUAAAGGUCUUCAAUAAGAACCUUGAAGGAGCAUUUCACAGCUUUGAAUCUGAAUAUGAAGUUAUGAGCAAUAUUCGGCAUCGGAUCCUAGUAAAAAUCAUAAGCUGCUGCUCAAAUGAUGAUUUUAAGGCCCUCCUGUUAGACUACAUGCCCAACGGAAGCCUGGAGAUGUGGUUGCAUUGUGAUGACCAUUAUUUAGAUUUGCUGCAGAGAUUGGAAGUUGUGUUAGACAUUGCAUCAGCUUUGGAAUAUCUCCAUCAAGGUUAUUCAGCCCCAAUUGUUCACUGUGAUAUAAAACCAAGCAAUGUGCUACUGGAUGAAAAUAUGGUUGCACAUUUAAGUGACUUUGGCAUUUCCAAGCUCCUAGGGGAAGAGCAAUCUGUGACGCUGACCAAAACCCUCGCUACCAUUGGGUAUAUGGCACCAGAGGUCGGUAGAGAAGGAAAAGUAUCCACAAAAGGCGAUGUUUACAGCUAUGGGAUACUGCUGAUGGAAACAUUUACUAGGAAGAGGCCAACAGAUGAAAGUCUUGCUAGGGACGUGAGCUUGAAACGAUUGGUAAGAGACUCAUUAUUAUUUGCUUCAGCAAUAGAAGUUGUGGACUCAAAUUUACUGGGCGAACUGAUGAACGUUAUACUGCAAACGAGCGAUGUUUGACAUCAAUCUUGAGUUUGGCAAUUAAUUGCACCAGUGAUUCACGUAAGGAGAGGAUGAAUAUGAAAGAGGUAGUCAGUAUACUGGUCAAAAUAAAAUCUACCUUCUCUGCUAAUAUUGGAAGGGAUUGAAGUAGUAGUCAAUCUAGUUCGGAAAUUUUUUGUGUUUUUUGCUUGAAAAAUAUUAAGAGUCCGUUUACAGCAUAUUGAUGCUGGG